ACAGGCAUAAGGGGUAGUUCAAUUUAGAAACUGCUUCUUUAUCACAAACUCUGUACAUGGUCCCACUUUGACUGAAUUCAAGAUGAAUUUGAUUUCUUUAUGUUCAAGAUCCAAUUCAAAUGUUGUAAAACGAACCGCUCACUUUGUGAGAUCGUCAGUUAGUCGGAAGUUCACGCAAUCAACCGGAUAUUUGCAAAAAGGAAACCCAUACAAAGAUAUAACUAUCGGUGUUCCAAGAGAAGUUCUUGAAAAUGAGAAAAGGGUUGCUUUGAGUCCAGCUGGUGUUACGAUACUUUCAAAGAUUGGAUACAAAGUGAAAGUUGAAGAAAAUGCUGGAGAAGCAUCCGAGUUCUCAAAUGCAAUGUACAGUGAAGUGGGUGCCACCAUUGCCAGCAAAAAGGAUGUGUAUUCUUCAGAUAUCUUGCUUAAAGUUCGAGCACCAGAGCUGACUGAAAUCCAGCAAAUGAAGCCAAAUUCAACUUUGUUCAGUUAUUUGUACCCAGCCCAAAACCCGCAAUUACUAGAUGCACUUGCUGAAAACAAAAUGACUGCGUUUGCCAUGGACCAAGUACCUCGUGUAACCAUUGCACAAGCAUUUGAUGCACUGAGUUCUAUGUCCAAUAUAUCCGGCUACAAAGCCAUAGUGUUGGCUGCCAACAAUUUUGGAAGAUUUUUCACCGGUCAGAUUACUGCUGCUGGCAAAGUUCCUCCAGCCAAGGUGUUGAUUAUUGGUGGUGGCGUAGCUGGCCUUGCCUCAGCAGGAACUGCUAAAGGCAUGGGAGCAAUUGUGCGAGGGUUCGAUACAAGAGAUGCGGCUUUGGAACAAUUCAAAUCACUUGGAGCAGAACCACUAAAAGUUGACAUAGAAGAGUCGGGAGAGGGUGGUGGUGGUUAUGCCAAGGAAAUGUCCAAGGAAUUCAUUGAAGCUGAAAUGGCUUUGUUUGCCAAACAAGCUAAAGAAGUGGAUAUCAUUGUCACCACUGCUCUUAUUCCAGGGAAACCAGCUCCAAAGCUUAUAACAAAAGAGAUGGUUGAGAGCAUGAAAGAUGGGUCUGUGAUAGUUGACCUAGCUUCUGAAGCUGGUGGUAAUUGUGCUUUGACCAAACCAGGGAAAUUAUACAAACAUGGGGGUGUGACCAUUAUCGGAUACACAGACUUACCAAGCAGACUUCCAACCCAAUCCUCCACCUUAUAUUCCAACAACAUGGUGAAGCUCAUCAAAGCAAUCAGUCCUGACAAGGAAGUUUAUGACUUUGAAUUUAAAGAUGAUUUUGCAUAUGGGAAUGUAGAUCAUGUGGUUCGAGGCUCAUGUGUCGUCCAUGAAGGCAAGAUUACUUUUCCCAGUCCAGCCCCACAAAAUGUCCCCCAGCCCACACCCCCACCUAAACCUGUAGAAACACAAGAGGUAGCUGAACCAGAGUCAGCUUUUGCUUCCAAGUUUAAAGAAUCUGCGAUCUACACAACAGGAGGUCUCACUGGAUUGGUUGGUAUGGGUGUCUUGUCCCCAACUCCGAGUGUUACACAGAUGGUUACAACAUGUGGUAUCAGUAUCAUAGUAGGAUACCACACUGUAUGGGGUGUAGCACCUGCAUUGCAUUCGCCACUUAUGUCCGUCACAAAUGCGAUAUCUGGUCUAACUGCUGCAGGUGGCUUGUUCCUGAUGGGUGGAGAAUAUUUACCAAACACUACAGCACAGAGUCUUGCUCUCGCAUCCACUUUCAUCUCCUCCAUCAAUAUCUUUGGAGGAUUCCUCGUCACGCAAAGGAUGUUGGACAUGUUUAAGAGACCUGAUGAUCCUCCGGAGCAUAAUUAUCUUUAUGCGAUCCCGGGAGCAGCCUACCUCGGAGCUUACUACCUCGGAACAUUGAACGGGGCAUCUAAUCUGCAUCAGAUGAUGUACUUUAUAUCUGGCUUAUGUUGUGUGGGGGCCUUGGGUGGUUUGUCCAAACAAUCUACAGCAAGGAUGGGAAAUGCUCUCGGUAUCAUUGGUGUGUCUGGUGGUAUUGCUGCGACACUAGGAUGUAUUGCACCAUCACCAGCACUGCUUACACAGAUGGUUUCAGCUAUGGCUGUUGGAGGGGUAGCAGGUUUUGGAAUUGCCCGUUCAAUUGAAAUCACCUCCCUCCCACAACUGGUGGCCGCCUUCCACAGCUUAGUUGGUCUUGCUGCUGUUAUGACUUGCGUGGCUGAAUUCAUGAUAGAACAUCCACAUCUGGCAGAAAACGAGAUGGGCAACAUGAUAAAGUUUGUUGCAUACCUUGGUACUUAUAUUGGUGGGGUUACUUUCACUGGGUCAUUGGUCGCAUAUGGGAAACUGCAAGGUAUUCUUGACUCUGCCGCUGUCCUCUUGCCUGGUAGACACAUGCUCAAUGCCGGGCUACUUACUGGAAGUUUUCUCCCCAUGAUCCCAUUCAUGUUGGAUAACUCAUAUAACACAGGGAUUAUGUGUCUUGGUUCAACAGCUCUGCUUUCAACUGUCAUGGGAACCACACUGACUGUAGCGAUUGGUGGAGCAGACAUGCCUGUUGUGAUCACAGUUCUAAACUCAUAUUCUGGAUGGGCGUUAUGUGCAGAAGGUUUCUUGUUGAACAACAACCUGCUGACCAUAGUAGGAGCUCUUAUUGGAUCAUCUGGUGCCAUCUUAUCCUACAUUAUGUGUGUGGCGAUGAAUCGUUCGUUGAUGAGCGUUAUCCUUGGAGGUUAUGGAACAAGUUCAACAGGAGGAGGGAAACCAAUGGAGAUCACUGGGACACACACAGAGGUUAAUGUAGACGACACUGUGCAGAUGAUCAAAGAUGCCGAGAACAUCAUUAUUGUUCCAGGUUAUGGCUUAUGUGUUGCUAAAGCCCAAUAUCCAAUUGCUGAUAUGGUAAACAGGUUGCGUGAUGCAGGAAAAAAUGUAAGGUUUGGAAUUCAUCCAGUAGCUGGUAGAAUGCCUGGCCAACUUAAUGUGUUGCUUGCUGAAGCUGGUGUUCCAUAUGAUGUUGUCUUGGAAAUGGAUGAAAUUAAUGACGAUUUCUCCGACACUGACCUUGUAUUAGUCGUUGGUGCUAACGACACCGUCAACUCAGCUGCACAAGAAGAUCCAAACUCUAUUAUAGCUGGCAUGCCUGUCCUGGAAGUAUGGAAGUCAAAACAGGUUGUUGUUAUGAAACGAUCCUUGGGUGUCGGAUACGCGGCAGUUGACAACCCAGUAUUCUACAAACAGAACACGUCUAUGUUGUUGGGUGAUGCCAAAAAGACUUGCGACGCUCUUCAAGCGAGUUUAAGCGCAGAGGACCGAUCGUAAUCUCACAUGAUCAUCUCAAUCACUUUCGUGCCAUUUUUAUAUCCGAUUUGUUUUUAUUCGAAAUAUCAUGUUUAAAAAAACGGCGGUUUUAGAAUAAUUUUUGGACUGUUUUCGUGUUUUGAUCAAGCGUAGAAAAGUGCCUAUUAAUAAAUGAUUUAUUUUUAGGUUUUUCUUUGUCUGUAGACGAUUUUAGCGUGUGCUGUGUACAUUACUUCUAGCUUGAAACUGUAGUUUGGUGAAAAAUGUAACUUUCAGCGUGUUAAAAUCAAAUAAAAUUGUCAUACUGGUUCUCUUGGAUCAGAAUAAGUAAAAA